GGAAAAUAAACUGGAGUAACACCGCAGGAGAAUAAUCCAGAAGAUGGCGGUGUAAUGCAAACGCUCUUGGAUGCAAGCCGCCGUUAAAUCUCAAAGAAGAAGAUGAUCCUGAUCCACAGCUAUUGCACCUUAGACAUAAACCGGUAUUUAUUAUGGUUAUGAGCCACACCACCGCACUCCUAAUCAGUAGUUGGCGGUAAUGCACCUAAAAGUUUUAUGCCAUCCGCCAUUAAAACAAGACGAAGAAGAAGAAGAAGAGUAUAAAUUGCUUCGGAAUGGAAGCAACGUCUCACAGCUCGCGUCUGGAUUUAAGAUAUACGUUUAUUUGCCUGCUUAUUAUCCGCACAACCGACGCUAACGUUAAUUGAUUAGAAACACUAAUGGCUCGCGACCGCUCGCACCUUAUGUUUGCGGCUGACUGCAAAUGUUCAUAAUUGAUGGACAACUAUACCCGGGAAAGACAUCAGCAAUUCAGCGUCAAGAAAAGAAAAAUAACAAAAGAUCAAGUCCGUGCAUUAUUUUCAGAACGGGUCUGAUGGGGAGAAUAUGAUCGCGGAAAAUAAACUGGAGUAACACCGCAGGAGAAUAAUCCAGAAGAUGGCGGUGUGAUGCAAACGGUCUUGGAUGCAAGCCGCCGUUAAACCUCAAAGAAGAAGAUGAUCCUGAUCCACAGCUAUUGCACCUUAGACAUAAACCGGUAUUUAUUAUGGUUAUGAGCCACACCACCGCACUCCUAAUCAGUAGUUGGCGGUAAUGCACCUAAAAGUUGUAUGCCAUCCGCCAUUAAAACAAGACGACGACGAAGAAGAAGAGUAUAAAUUGCUUCGGAAUGGAAGCAACGUCUCACAGCUCGCGUCUGGAUUUAAGAUAUACGUUUAUUUGCCUGCUUAUUAUCCGCACAACCGACGCUAACGUUAAUUGAUUAGAAACACUAAUGGCUGCAGCUAGUGUUAACAGUACGCAAGAGUUGAAUGAUAACAGUCUUGAGCACAUUUCCAACCCAAAAAUCAACACUGAUGAUCCAAGACACAUCGCUGCUCUUAUUCUCGCCCGUGGAGGCAGUAAAGGCAUCCCUCUGAAGAACAUCAAGAAGCUGGCAGGUGUGCCUUUGAUCGGAUGGGUGAUCAGAGCAGCGCUGGACUCUGGUGUGUUCGACAGUGUUUGGGUGUCCACUGAUCAUGAUAAGAUCGCGAAAGUGGCCAGUGCUUGCGGGGCUCAAGUUCACAGGAGGAGUCCAGAGGUGUCCAAAGACUCUUCAAGCUCACUGGACACCAUUAAGGAGUUCAGCAGACAAAACCCAGAUGUUCACGUCAUCUGUAACAUCCAGGCCACGUCUCCAUGUCUGCACCCCAAACAUCUCAAAGAGGCUGUGGAGUACAUCACCAAAGAACGGUGUGAUUCCGUCUUCUCUGUGGUCCGGCGACACAAUUUCCGAUGGCAAGAGGUCAAGAACGGAGACUGCCGAUGUACUAAGCCGUUGAACCUGAACCCAGCUUGCAGGAAGCGGCGUCAGGACUGGGAAGGAGAACUGUGUGAAAAUGGCUCUUUUUACUUCGCUACCAAAGAACUUAUAGAACAAGGGCUUCUUCAGGGUGGAAAAAUGAAGUACUUUGAGAUGAAGCCCGAGUACAGUGUGGAUAUUGAUGUUGACAUAGACUGGCCCGUAGCUGAACAGAGAGUGCUGAGGUUUGGUUACUUUGGCAAAGACAAACCUGAAGUUGUGAAGCUUCUGCUGUGUAACUUGUCAGGAUGCCUGACCGAUGGUCAGAUCUACAUAUCAGCAAAUGGCGAGGAGAUGGUAUCCAUCAAUACCAGAGACCAGGCCGGCAUCGACAUGCUGAAGAAGGAAGUGAAGGUUAUUUUGAUAGAAAAAGACCCCAUAGCAAAAGCCUUAGUUGACAAACUCUCACAGAGAAUGAGCUGUCGGAUCCUGCUGAAUGUGGACGACAAACUGGAGAUGGUGCAGAAGCUCAUGAAGGAAGAAAAGGUGGAGUGGAAAGACGUGGCAUAUUUAGGAAACGAUGAGCCGGAUGUAAAGUGCCUGCAACUGGCAGGAUUGAGCGCAGUACCCAAGAAUGCCCCGAAGGUGGUGCUCAAUCAUGCCAAAUACAUCUGCCACAAUGCAGCGGGUCACGGAGCCUUGCGAGAAUUUGCCGAACACAUCCUACUGCUGAAGAAGAAGGCCAAGUCUCAGGAGGAGCAGUAUGGAAUUUGCAGUAACGCGUUUCAGGAGAGAUCGAGGAAUCUCAUCAAGUAACUUAUCUUAAAUAUCAAAAAUAAUGAAAUGAAGGAAAUAUGCAGGAAAAGGGGGUUGAAAUGAUCAUAAUCUGAACAUAACGAUAACACUAAUAAAUCACUUAAUUAUAA